CUAUACCCCUGGUAAAAGAACAGAAAAAAGAAAAUGAAUGGGUCCAAUUUCCAAAUUCGCCCUUGUGAAAGAACAGAAAUCUAAAGCUGAAAAACCAACUGGGUAUCAUGAUUAUGGGAGACCCCAAAAUUGCCACGUAUUGCGAACAGUUGCGGUUAAGAAUGAAACGCGAACAUACAUACGAGUCUCGUUUCUUUACGCAAAAACCUUCCAUCUUCUCCAACAACAACUCCACAAAGAAAUGGCUUUCAGAAUCGCUGCAACUUCCGCAUCCCGUUUCGUAAAACCCUACACCCCACCAUCGCCACUCUUUUCAGCUCCAUUCCACAACCUCACUCUCAAGUUCCAUCUGACACACCUUCCUAUUCGUAAACCUGGGUCUCAAUGUUACAUUCGAGCUAUUAGUGAAACAAGUGUAGAAUCCUCAAUUUCUAAGAAAGAAGAGGAGGAACAACAGUUGCCUAAAGAUUGGAAGAUUAAAAUGCUAUAUGAUGGAGAUUGUCCACUAUGCAUGCGAGAGGUGAAUAUGCUACGAGAGAGGAAUAAGAGUUACGGCACCAUCAACUUUGUUGAUAUAAGCUCAGAUGAUUACUCUCCUCAGGAGAAUCUCGGCCUCGACUAUCAAACGGCUAUGGGAAGAAUUCAUGCUAUUCUAUCCGAUGGAACUGUUGUCACCGAUGUUGAAGCCUUUAGAAGAUUGUAUGAACAAGUUGGUCUUGGUUGGGUUUACGCCAUUACAAAAUAUGAACCAAUUGGGAAAAUUGCUGAUUCUGUUUAUGGUUUUUGGGCUAAGUACCGUCUUCAAGUUACAGGACGGCAGCCUAUUGAAGAAAUAUUAGAAGCUCGAAAGAAGAAGGGUGAAGUGUGCAAAGACAACAAUGCUUGCAAGAUGUAAAACAUCUGACCGGCGUAAAAACUUUCAAAAGGCUCGUUAUAUGAUAUGUACAGGAUCUUCAUUGGGAUAAGAUUAAUGCUUUUUUGAAGUAUACUUAAUAGAAAAGCCUAAGUUAUGGAUCACUGGAAAAAGUAUUUCCUAACAAAAGGACCUAUUCAGAUAUAGUAUUUUAAUAGAUAAUGUACAUGUUGUGUGACGUGAUUAAAAUAAUAUAUAUAUCUGAUUCACGUUUUCAAUAA